AUGGGGAUGGUUAACAUUGGGGGUCUUCAACCUUUUGUUGAUAUUAUGAUUCCAGUUCUUAAUGCCAUAUCAUUUCAACAAAUUGUUCCAAAUUUUAAGACCGUGGCUAAGAAGAUGAAAAGGGAAAUUGCUUACUCUGGGGGUGAAGGUAGAAUUGUAAAUUUCACUCCUUUGCAGAGCACCAGUAAACAUGUCAAGAAUUUGUCUUCGUAUUUAAUCAUUGAGAACAUGGCAGAUUCUGUUACCCUUAAUUCUGCUGCAAAGGACUUCGCUGAACAAGUAGGAAAAAUUUUUGAAGCUGCAAAUACUAUAUGGGGCUUUAUAGGAAAACACUGGAAAUUCCCUACAGGCCUUGAUCAGAAUGUAAAUAAUCUGAAGAGAAAAAGAGAGCAACUAAACGGUCAAAAAGAAGACACAGCAUCGAGAAUUAAAGCUGAGCAGCGUCCAAGAAAGAAGGUCAAGAAAGAAGUUAAGCUGUGGUUGGAAAAUGUUGAAAGGGUAAAUGGUGAAAUACAGAACCUAGAAUCAGAAGCACUUGGACCUAGCAGCUUUUACUCACGUGGAUUCCUUAAAAACAAUGUUUGGAAGAAGAUAGAAGAAGUUGAACAACUUCUUGGAAAGGGUAGAUUUUCUGAUGGUUUCGUUGUUGAUGAUCCUUUGCGGAUGGGACAGGUGCUGCCGAUACCAAGUUUAGUUGGUGAAACAGCAGCACUUAAAAGGAAUGAAAUUUUGGGAUACCUGAUGAAUAAUGAGGUUCAAAAGAUCCGAAUUUACGGAAUGCCAGGAGUUGGGAAAACAAGUGUCAUCAAGCUUGUCAACAAUGAACUCUUAAAAGAUGCAAACCAGUUUAAUAUUGUUGUAUGGAUCACUGUAUCAAGGAAAUGUGGUGUUAUUGAACUACAGAAUAAGAUUGCACGGGCAAUUAGUGCUGUUAUUUCAGAAGAUGAAGAUGAAACAAUACGAGCAGGGAUAUUAUCUGAAAUAUUUGCUCAAAAGGGCAGGUAUGUGUUAAUCUUAGAUGAUGUGUUGGACAAUUUUUCUCUGGAGAAAGUUGGAAUUCCUGAGCCUACUGCAAGUAAUGGGAGUAAAUUAGUUCUAACAUCCCGAUCAUUGGAUGUAUGUCAACGCAUGGAUUGUCAAGUAAUAAAAAUGGAACCGCUUCCUGAAGCAGAAGCGUGCACAUUGUUCUUGGACAAGGUUGGUCAAAAUCUAAUGAGUUUUACAGUUUUAGUGCCACUUGCCAGAUCCAUUGCUAAGCGUUGUGCUGGUUUGCCUUUGGCAAUAAUCACAGUUGCCAGUAGCAUGAGAGGUGAAUAUAGCCUUCCUAGAAGGGGGAAUGCAUUGGAGGAAUUAAAAAGGAGUGUACAGACUGUCAUGGAUGUGGAUGUUAAAGGCAUGGUAUAUCAGCAAUUAAGAUUCAGCUACGAUCGUUUGAAUGAUCCCAAAAUUCAGAAUUGUUUCCUCACUACUGCAUCAUAUCAUGAAGAUUCAGGAAUCCAUAAGAAGCAGCUGAUAGGGGACUGGAUUAGAAAAGGAUUAAUAGAUAUGGGCAACAUGCAAGCAAACAUUGACAGGGGCCAGGCAAUCCUAGGAAAACUUAUUGACAAUUGCUUGUUAGAAAAUGUUGGAAAUGGAAGAGUCAAAAUGCAUGAUCUUGUAAGAGAUAUGGCUGUACUGAUCACCCAGGAGCUCUAUUCAUCAUAA